AUGGCCCCGCGUCUCGCUCUUUCGCUCCCCCGGCUAUCGGCGGCUCUCCGCCCGCCCGUCCAAACCACCAUCCGCAUCACCGUCGCCCGCUACAGCACAAGCCCCGACGACGAAGUCCUCAAGAGCCAAUACAUCCCCGCCCCGGGCUCCGGCACGGUUCGCGUGCUCCUGCUGAACCGACCGCAAGCCCGCAAUGCGCUGUCGCGCGACCUGGUCGACGCCCUCGACGAGCACGUGCAGGCCAUCGCCGCCGAGCAGGGCAACGGCCCAACCAGGGCGCUGGUCAUUGGCAGCAACGCGGAUGCGGCGUUCUGCGCCGGUGCGGAUCUGAAGGAGCGCGUGAAUAUGUCUAAGCAGGACACCAGCGAAUUCCUUUCCAAGCUCCGCCGUACAUUCCGCGACCUCGCCAGCCUCCAGGUUCCGACCGUGUCAGCCGUGUCAGGCACGGCAUUGGGCGGCGGGCUCGAGCUCGCGCUGUGCACGCACCUCCGGGUGUUCGGUUCCUCUAGCAUCGUUGGACUCCCCGAGACUCGGCUAGCGAUCAUCCCCGGCGCGGGCGGCACUUAUCGCCUCCCCGAUGUGAUCGGGGUGACGCGGGCACGGGACAUGAUCCUGACGGGGCGGCGGGUAACGGGACCAGAGUCGUACUUCAUUGGGCUCUGCGAUCGGCUGGUGGAGGUCGUGCCGGAGGAGGAGAAGAAGGAGGGCGCCGCGCGCCAGAAGGUGCUGCACGAGGCGAUCAACCUCGCGUUGGGCAUCUGCGAGGGCGGACCCGUCGCUAUCAAGCAGGCUCUGCGGGCGGUCGAGGAGUCCGAGAAGGGCGAGGCGGCCGAGAACGAGGCGUAUGAGGGAGUGAUGGAGACGGAGGAUCGGUGGGAGGCUCUGCGGGCAUUUGCGGAGAAGAGGAAGCCGGCUUUUCGGGGUCGGUGA